AUGGCCACAAACGAACCGAAUCCGAUCGUCUUCUUCGACAUCACUCUCGGCGGCGAGCCGCUCGGCCGCAUCAAAAUGGAGUUGUUCGCAGACAUCACUCCGCGCACCGCAGAAAACUUCCGCCAAUUCUGCACGGGCGAAACGAAGAACCACCUUGGCCGACCGCAGGGAUACAAAGGCUGCAAGUUCCACCGAGUCGUCAAAGACUUCGUCAUUCAGGGCGGCGACUUUAUCAACGGCGAUGGCACGGGGUCGAUUAGCAUCUACGGAACAAAGACGUUUGCCGAUGAGAAUUUCAAGCUGGGCCACGAUACCGCUGGGUUGUUGUCCAUGGCUAAUGGUGGCCCAAACUCGAACGGCUGCCAGUUCUUCAUCACUACCGUGCCGACCCCCUUCCUGAACGGGAAGCAUUGCGUCUUCGGCAAGGUCAUCGACGGCUUGGACACGGUCAAGAAGAUUGAGAAUGUCCGCACGAGGUCAGAGAAGCCGGCGCAGGAUGUGGUGAUUGCGCAGUGUGGUGAGAUGUGA